AGGAAUCGAAGACAUGUCAGCCCAACAACCUUAGCCAUGAAGCCCGCACGACAAAUCUUCUUCUCCAACCCCAAGCCCCGUGCCUCACGAAUCCAUUGACAAGAACGAAAACCCACGUCGGGAAAGACGGGAGAGAGCGAUCUCAGGCGAACUUGCAAUCCCCGACUUGGAGCCCUGACCACCGUGCCCCACCACCCGCCACCGACGGUGAUCCUCGCCGGCACCCCCAACAACGUCAAGGUCUACAUAGAUAGCACUGCAAUUCACGAGGGAAUAUUUGUUGCGGAGCAGAGUAGGGAAUUAGGCGUUCUGUCACGAUGGACAACAUUGUAGAUUCCUUGAGCAACGCGUACCAGGAGUUCCUCGCGGCCGCGGCGAGUGUUCUCGAGGCCAGGGAAGUGUCCGGGGCACAGAAAAUAGCCGCCACUGAUGCUGCCCUGGAGAACUUCAAGCAGCACUGGGAAUUGUUCCGGGUGGCAUGUGAUCAGGCGGAGGAGUUUGUGGAGUCGGUUAAGCAGAGGAUUGGUUCGGAGUGCCUGGUGGACGAGGCAACCGGCUCUUCAGUGGGGAAGCCUGGGCAGGCUGCAGCACCCGGCCUGCCCCCCAUAAGCGCGGUUCGGUUGGAGCAGAUGAGUAAAGCGGUGCGGUGGCUUGUCAUCGAGCUCCAAAACGGUACUGGCACCGCCGGCGGAGCGGCACAUACUCAUUCCGCCGCGCCUUUUGAUGCUCGAUUCUCCGAAGAUGCAGCUCAGUAGUCCUUGUACAGGUGGUAAUUGGUGCUUUUAAAAGCAGUGAGAAGGAAGUUAGAGAUCAGAUCGGGGGGAAUUGCCUCUUAUUAAAUUGGGGCCUUUGAUAUGUUAAUUUCUUGGUCCUUUGCUUGUUUGACAUUAAUUUUCGUGAAUUUCUGUGUCAGACCAAUUGUUCAAUGGAUUGACAUCGUGCUCUUUCUUGGAUUUUGGUUUCACUUUGUGACAAAUUGUCGACUACAUGGAACCAUUUAUUUUAUUUGCCGUGCUUCGGUUAGUAAAUGGCAUUCACUGUUCUUGGUAUUUAGAAAACUGGAUUUGGCUCCCCUUGGCAGUCUGCUUUGCUACAUUUUGUUCUUUUGUGCUUCUAGAUUGCUUCAAAUCUUUUGUGGUUUUUCUAGCGAAGGGUGCAUUCUUUCAAGUUUAGGGACCUCUCGGUCCAUUAGUGUUGACUGAUGAGGUUUGGUAAGAAACAAGCAUUACGCAUGCAGUUGAGUGCCCAAGCCAUUGAGUAUAUUUGGACAUCACCAAUUUGCAUUACAAGUAGUGUCCUUAUAAUCUACCAUGUCCUAACACCUAGAUAUUUCCACGAAAUCCCUUAAAUCAUGUGUGCUACAUUCACAAAUACUUUUGAGGGUGUUUAUCUUUUUUUGGUAAUUUGUUUUGAGUGCUUCAAACUAAGACAACUCUAUUAAGUCGUAUGGCUAGUUUUAAGUUCUGAGAGCAGUUGUUAUGGUGAAUAAAGACUAUCACUCACUGUAGCAAAUGUGUCAUCAUAAAUUUGGCAACAUUUCUCCAGAUGUUAUGAUUAGCCAUGAGAGAAUCUUUCAAUUGGAUUAUCAAAAACAAUGUGGUAUUUUGGGUUAUCUGAAACUGAUAUCUCCUUUCAAGUUUGGAAAAAUAUUCAAGGUGGCAGGAGGCUUAUAUAAGUCCUUGAGGAACCUUAUCCCUUGGAGGAUUGGUUCUGUCCUCCAAGAGAUCAUAGAAACCACCCUAUGUGACAUUAGUAAAGGAUUGGUGGUGGUUCUGAAAAUUGCUUUUAAUGUGGUUAUGUACUAGAUUUGGAACUCAAGGACUCAUAACUCAUGGUGAAAAUCAGAUACACAUUCUGUUUUGGCAUCUGUAAGAUUUGUUGCUUAGACUAGAUGGAUCUGUUAAUAAUAGCGACAAAGUUGCAUGAGAGAUAUUUGGACAAGGUUGGGUGGGAUUGUCUGAUUGUGUUGGUACGGGCUUGUAGCCAAGGAGCGGUCUUUCUGCCAACUUGUGAAGUUCACAAGUUACCAUUACCAGAGUAGCUUCGAUUUGCGGCUUUUAAACUUGCGAAAUGGCGCAUUUGAUUGCAUGUAGUAACAACCAUUGUGCCUUUGAUAGAUGUGUAGGGGAGGUGAUAUCUAUUGUACUGUUUGUCUUAGCUAUUAUUUUGUGUGUUUGAUUGGAUUAACAAAAUUGUAAAUCCCUA